GAAACAUGGCGACAGGAUGUCGAAACUGUAGAAUGUUAGAGGAGUACCUCUACUGGGAAUGCCUGGAGGACACGAGAAAAAGUUUUUUACAGAUUCUGCGUGAUGAUUUCUCAAACAGCCUUAAGAUUCCGAGGAAGUUUGUGGUGCACUUCAAACAAUUGAAGGAGAAGGAACAAGUGAUCAAACUAGUAGCACCAAGUGAUCAUACAUGGAACGUCAAAUUGAUGAGAAAUAAUCUUGAUGCAUUUCUCACAGAUGGCUGGAACAAAUUCGUAAAUGACCAUUCGCUAGAAAAUGGUGAUUGUCUAGUCUUCCAUUUCACUGGUGAGGCAACAUUCAGAGUGUUGAUUUUUGAUGAGAGUGGCUGUGAGAAGGAUAGUGCUUACUUUAUUAGAGACAACUAUUCUCCAAGAACUCAAAGAGGCAGAAGGGAUGAAUCUGCAGAGGUAGAACUAAUCUCUAAUGAAGAUACUGAAGGCAGCUCCUCUAGAACACAUUACAUUAGAGAUGUUCCAAAUUCCUCGAGCCAUAAACCAAUGCUUGCAACAUCCAUCAAGAAAAUGCUUGAGAGAAACAAGAGAACUGCUCCAACAAAUCAUCAGAUGGAAAGUUCAAGUAAGUUUUACAGGAAAAAUAACAGUUUGUUAUACUUGCUA